UAUCUUUACGUCACGUCAUUUUCGGUAGGCUAUGGAGUAAUAGCGGCUGAUUUUGUUUUUCUAGUUAAAUUAAAAAGUACUGAUUUAUACUUAGUUAAGCGUAGACAGUUUAGUGAAUUUUAUUUUAAUAAUAAAGUUAUAAUGUCUUAUUCAAACAAAUAUACUUUUGCGGCCCUUCCGAGGACGCAGCGAGGUACGCCGCUGGUUCUAGGAGGUGAUCCGAAAGGAAAGAAUUUCCUAUACACCAAUGGCAAUUCAGUUAUCAUACGGGAUAUCGAAAAUCCGGCCAUCUCAGACGUGUAUACGGAACAUUCGUGCCAAGUUAAUGUCGCUAAAUAUUCACCAAGCGGCUUCUACAUUGCUUCCGGAGAUGCUUCCGGCAAGGUCCGUAUUUGGGACACUGUGAACAAGGAGCAUAUCCUCAAGAACGAGUUCCAGCCAAUCGGCGGACCUAUCAAGGAUAUCGCCUGGAGCGCUGACAGUCAACGUAUGGUUGUAGUCGGGGAAGGACGUGAGAAAUUCGGCCAUGUGUUUAUGGCGGAGACUGGUACGUCUGUUGGCGAGAUAAGUGGUCAGUCGAAGCCGAUCAAUUCGGUGGACUUCAGACCGGCUCGUCCUUUCCGCAUCGUGACCGCUUCCGAGGAUAAUACUGUCGCUGUGUUUGAAGGACCUCCCUUCAAAUUCAAGUGCACUAAACAGGAGCACACUCGUUUCGCGCAGGCGGUGCGCUACAGCCCCGACGGCGCGCUGUUCGCCUCCGCAGGCUUCGACGGCAAGAUAUAUCUCUAUGAUGGAGCUACUUCUGAACUUAAAGGAGAGAUCGGUUCUCACAAGGGCGGUGUGUACGGUAUCUCGUGGUCUGCGGACGGCGCGCGCCUGCUGUCCUGCUCCGGCGACAAGACGUGCGCGGUGUGGGAUGUCAACACUAUGCAGAGAACCAUCACCUUCAAUAUGGGGAAUGCUGUUGAAAAUCAACAGGUAUCCUGCCUAUGGCAAGGAAAUCACUUAAUCUCAGUAUCCCUCUCCGGAGUGAUCAAUUACUUAGACAUGGAGAACCCGGACAAGCCUCUCCGAGUGCUGAUGGGACACAACAAGCCCAUCACCUGCCUCGCGCUGGAGCCUGCCACUAAGACUGUCUACACCGCUAGCCAUGAUGGGUGUGUUACUUCUUGGAAUACUUCUACCGGCGAGGGUCGGCACAUCGGCGGGCCGGGGCACGGCAACCAGGUGAACGGCAUGAGCGUGGGCAAGGCGGGCGCGCUGCUCACCUGCGGCAUCGACGACUGUCUGCGCACCGCGCUGCCGCUCAGCGACGGUGAAGCCCCCACGUACAGCGAGAGCGCGGUGCCGCUGGGCUCGCAGCCUCGCGCCAUGGACCACGUCAUCGAGGACGACCUCACAGUCGUCGCCACUGUCAAAGAGUUAAUAGUAUUGAUGGGCAACAACAAGCAGUCGACAUUGCCGGUCAGCUACGAACCCACUUGCGUCGCCAUCGACCCCAAGUUGAAGCACAUCGCUGUCGGAGGUGGUAAUAGUAAAGUGCACAUUUACUCGUUGGACAAGCGCGCGCUGCUGCCGCGCUCCGAGCUGACGCACCUCGGGCCCGUCACCGCCGUCAGCUACAGCCCAGACUCCAAAUACCUCGUUGCAGCUGACGCUAACAGAAAACUCAUAUUAUACGACGUUGAAGGAUAUACCUUGGCACACAACAAGGAGUGGGGCUUCCACACGGCGCGUGUCAACUGCGUGGCGUGGUCGGCCGACAGCCGCCGCGUGGCCUCCGGCUCGCUCGACACUAGCGUCAUCGUGUGGAGUGUGGACACGCCCGCCAAGCACACACUCAUCAAAAAUGCCCAUCCUCAAAGUCAGAUCACUGGCUUGGCCUGGCUAGAUGACGAGUCGCUGGUCUCCGUGGGACAGGACGGUAACACGCGAGUCUGGAAUGUGCCUAAGGCUUAGACCUGGCAAAGGUUAGGCCUAGGCCAGGCAGAAGCAAGAUCUAGAACUGGCAAAGGCGGGACCUACGUCUGGCAAAGGCGGGACCUACGUCUGGCAAAGGCCAGACCUGUGUCUGGCAAAGGCCAGGCCUAUGUCUGGCAAAUGCGAGACCUAUGUCUGGCAAAUGCGAGACCUAUGUCUGGCAAAGGCGAGACCUAUGUCUGGCAAAGGCGAGACCUAUGUCUGGCAAGGGCCAGAUCUAUGUCUGGCAAGGGCCAGAUCUAUGUCUGGCAAAGGCGAGACCUAUGGCUGGCUUAAGGCAAGGCCGACACUUUGCUGGGAACAUUUGCUGUCAAAAUACCUUUCUAAAAGGUUUUAACAUCUCAUAAAGUUAUAUUAAGUCAGUCAUAUAUGUUUUUAAAAUUACUAUAACAAUGCAAUUUUUUAUUUAAAAUGGAAUUUUACGUUAACGUGCAAUAGUUUGCACUGAUCUGUCAACUAGCUGUCAAACUUUUUGACAUGAAAUGGUGCGUGUUGACAAUUGACAGUUGUCAAUGUUCCCAGUACGUAAAUUAUUAAUAAAUAUAAUGUAACUCAGAGAAUUUUAUUAGCUACUAUUAAGAUACUAACAUAUUUAUUUUUUUCGCUUAAUUUAAGCCGUAAAGUGUUUGAUGCUCAGUUUGUUAGUUAACAGUGUUGCUAACAAUUAACUAAAAAUUGCAUUUUUUAUAUUUUUAAUAAACUUAAUUUAAUUUUUUUUAUACUUUAGACCGACUUGAGUUGUCUGCUAUUUAUUGAUGCAAAGAUUUUUUGUUUAUUUGAUGCUUUGAAAUAAAAAUUAGGUUUUUGUACUGAAGUUUCUCAAGUUGGUCGAUUUAUUGUUUUUUAUUGAUUAAUUUUCUAUAUUCAAUGAGAUUUAACUUCAAUUAAUUCGAGAUUGCUUAUAAUUGGGUUGCCAGUGUCUUUAAUUUUUUUUAUAAUGUGAAACUGGUAACCCUGGUGUUUUUUUUAAAUUGCUACAUUUUGCUCGUAUUAAAAUGCAGUUCCUAAUAUUAUUUGUCUUGUAGCAUUGUUUUAGAAUGUAACUUUUUUAUACCUGGCAAUGUUGGAAAGAUCUUUGUCCAAUUUUCUCACUAAAAUAGUUAUUUUUCGUCUGUUCAAGUAUUCGAGAACAAAUUUUAGAUAUGUUCUAAAACAGUAUUUUUGUACUAUCAUAUGUGAUGAUUUUUUUUUGUCGUUUUUUU